AUGUCUGGAAGCGACUGGUCGGAUGUGUUAGAGCCCUCAUCUCCUGAAGAUGGCAGCAACUUCCGACGCAGCCUUCAAAUUGACAUGAAGGGACUAGUUGGUGACGCUGUUGGAAACAUGAGUAUCAGUCCUGGAAGCAGAGAUGUGGUGUUAGCUGCGCGAAAAGGGCUCUUCAUCAUUGACUUGGAAGCACCACUCAAUGUACCGCGAUUUCUCCCACAGGGUGGUACAUGGGAUGUUGCCGACGUCCAGUGGAACCCUCAUUUGACUCGCAGCGAAUACAUAGUCUCUACUUCAAACGAGAAGCUGCUCAUAUGGAAUCUGCUACUGGGCGGUAAAACUUCCAUUGAGCACGUCUUGCGGUCUCACUACCGUGCAAUCACCGAUAUCAAUUGGCACACAACUGAUCCUGACGUCGUAGUCAGCACAGGGAUAGACUCUUGGCUUUGGGCCUGGGAUCUCAGGACGCCUCAGAAACCUGUUAUGGGUCUUUGUGCUUUUGGAUCUGGCGGAACGCAGGUUAAAUGGAAUCGCCAAGAUGGGAACCUGCUUGCAUCUUCCCACUUAAACGAAGUCUUCUUAUGGGAUCGGAGGAAAGGGUCACUUCCAGUCUCCCGUAUAAAAGCUCAUAAUGCCAAGAUAUACGGCAUCGAUUGGGCACACGGCAGACGCAACGAGAUUGUAACUUGCUCUCUCGACAAGACAAUCAAGAUAUGGGACACACAGACGUCUGAGCCCAAGAUCACCAUUCGCACUCGAUAUCCGGUCUGGCGAGCUCGUGACCUCCCUUUCGGCCGAGGUGUCCUCAGCUUGCCGCAGAGAGGGGAGACUGCACUUGAGCUGUUUGCUCACGAGGAUUGUCACACGCCAAUCGAGACUUUCGAAGGUCAUACAGAUGUGGUUAAGGAGUUUGUCUGGCGCAAGGGUGGACAAGAUGGAUCAGAGUUUCAGUUAAUUACUUGGUCAAAGGACAAAACCCUUCGUUUCUGGCCAAUGGACAUUGAGAGAGCGGGUACAACUCCUACACCUCAGUCGAUCGCUGCUCUGUCACGUCGUGAAGAGUUGAAGGUAUCCUUCAGCAAUCCGCCUACAGGAACUGAUUUCCCUCCUGCUUUGUCUGCGCCCGUUGGUCACCGGGCGAUCCUGGCCGAAAUACGUGCACCUUUUCCACCUCGGGCGGCCAGAACGAGCACCGCCAUGUCGCACGCAAAAGCUACUGCGCGCUCCCCGGAAGAGGAGCUCAACUUACGAUCCUCGAUGCCGCGGUCAAGACCUGUCCUUAUUGCGCAUGGAAGGGGAGGGACCAUGACUCGUGGUCAUGUUGGGGGACGCUCUGCUCAGAUUAACACCUUCGCAUGGUUGUCGAGUGUCAAGGUUGGUGGGACGAGAGAAGGAAGUUCUGGCCCCGGCAGCAGUGGAGAAAAUGGGACUGCCUCUCGGUUGGAGUCAAGAUCGAGACCGCCAUCUCUUCCAGGUAGGUCAAACUCACAACCUCUGUCCGGUACGCAGAGAAGCAGUGAUGCAAGAGACAACCGCGAGGAUGAUCACCGGGAGGGAGAGCCCGGACAGUCACUGCAGGAUGAGAUCACAUCCGUUAUCAAUAAGCUAACGACAUCCAAGGUUAAGCUCGAAAAGGCCGAUCUGACGAAGAAGAGGACGUGUACCUUUGGUUUGCACGGCCCAUGGGGCGACUCCACAUCUGUAUUCAUCCGGGUUUCGUUCACCUUCCCUCGAGACUAUCCUCAAGCGGCUUACCCUCAUGGCAUUCCUAUGGUUGACCUCGAGCGGAAUCCUCUCAUCUCUAUGAACAGUCGCGCUUUCAUUCUUCGUCGUCUUCGAGCCAUCCGAGAGCGCCAGAGGCCUUGUCUUGAGAAAUGCCUGCGAUUUCUACUCGUUGGUGACGACAAUGGAGAUAUUGGCAGACAUAUAGGAUCAGAUUCAGAGUCUUCGUCGGAAGACGAAGUACCCGCGGCAUCGCGCAAAUAUCGAGACUUGACUUACUCGCUGCUACGGAGUGACAAGAACCUCGCUGAGCCGCGCACUUCACAGGGGGUCUUCGGCGUGAAUGGCGAACUCGUGUGCUUCUUCCGAGCACCACCGCGCAUUGUGCGGAAUCCGAUGCAAGAAAUAUCUGUCUCUCCUUCGAUCGCUUCUCGUGGCCAAGAAAAUUCUCCGCGCCUAUUCCAGUCGCCUGCCUUGCUAUCGGAUGCUGUUCGUCAUCUCCGCUUCGCGGCGCACGACCGUGAAACUGAAGACACGGAAGUGAAAAGGCCCGAAGACGUAAACAACAUCCUCCGUAUCAUGAGUAACUUAUUCACUUUUUCGCAACACAAGCCUAUGAGGGUCUCAGCGUCUCAUGAAGACAUACCUACUAAUUACUCAUUACUCCCUACAAGGCGGAGUACAGUAUUCAUCAAGAAGACCCCUUCACUUGUCGGCAUUGAUACAGCUAUCGCUCAGGAAUACGAGCUUACCGCUGCAGACCCGGCAGAUCUGUGCAAGAAGAAUGCUGAAAUCGCUCGUCUGCGAGGCCGCGUCGACCACGAACGGGUAUUCAAGCUUAUUGAACCCGUGAUCGCUAAUGCAUCUACAUGUCUUAUGAACCUGGAUGAACUGUCCGCUACGACGUGUAGUAGUCGCGGUUCUCUGGCCAUCAGGCUUGUUGACAAAUUGUACAAAGAGCUGGCAGCCACCAAAGACAUACAAAUGUUGGCAAUGAUGUCUGUGCUGCUGCUAUGGACGUCUACCUUACAGAGCCAAUCAGACGUCAUCGUGCAUACUGAUUCCUCGCGUCUAUAUGCGGGCGUUGUAUAUCCGCAGAAGCUUAGUUUACCGGAUCCCUCUGGUCGCAAUAGUUAUCAGACCCGUCGGAACCAGUCUUUUUCGCCAAUCUGGACUCGCCCCUCUCCGUCUCCAACCUUUCAACCGCUCGCUCCUCCACUCUCGUCGCCAUCUUCUUCACGAGGCUCUUGGUCAAGUUUGUUUAAUGCCAGUAGUAUGCGGCAGUUAGUAGCUGGUUCUCGUACUGGAGGCGCAGUCCCUGUUCCUGUAGCGGGCAAGUUGCAACGCGGCUUCUCAUCUCCUUCUCAGGGAUACAGCAAGGAGUUCCUUCCCCCGACUUCGCCUACCACCAAGUCCUGGUCUGAGGCUACAAAUAUUUCGGACAUGAUGUCGGCGGUUGCUUUCUCAUCUGCUGGACACCCACGUCGACCAACGUUCUCGCAAGUACUCUCAACGCAGCCAACGCCAGCGGAUAAGAGGAAACUUGUUCUUAAUCUCGUGAAGACACCGCAACAUCUAGGAUCCUUGCAGUCCCAGCUGCGUAAUCAACUGCUAUGUCAUACCUUGGUAUAUGCCGAGAUGCUGCUUGCUUGGGAACUUCCUGACAAGAGAAACGAGCUAUUGAAGCUCAUCGAAGGAGAAUUGGUAACGACCGCGUUAAACCCUCUUAUCGUCGAAAACACGCUGGUUCUCGAUCAAUUGGGACAAGCUCACAAUUGUGAACAGGUGAAUGAGAUGAAUAGCGCAGCCUCUGUUUGUGCAAGCCGUUCAAAACUGGCACGUUGUACCAUUUGCCGUAUACCAGUAAAAGGUCUAUCAUUUAUUUGUCCCGUAUGUCUUCAUGUCACGCAUGUCGCCUGCUGGGAAGCACGAAGAAGUGUCUCCUGCGCUACGGGUUGUGGGUGUCAGUGCACCACUCAAAGCAAUAAAUUGCUCGCAGAUGUACUUUCGUUGUCACCAUUAUGGAUAGCUUCGACUUCCAUUAGGUAA